AUGUGCUUAUACAACGACCAGUGGCCAGCUAAUAAUGUGGUUCUGAGACUGAUUCAAAGGGCAAAGAUGCUUUUAAGUACGUAUCUACUUUUAUUUCUAAGCAUAGUUUUAGAAUUUCCGUGUUUUUUACUUCAUCAUUUCAGUAAGAAUUCUAAGAAAGUGCUAGUGAUGAUAACCAUCACAUUCCUUUUCUUCUUUGUCGAAUUGGUCGUCGGUUUUAUGAAUCGUUCAAUUGCUUUACUUGCUGAUUCAUAUCAUAUGCUUUCUGAUGUCAUGGCUCUGGUCAUCGCAUUCGUAUGCCUAAGGAUAUCGAGGCGUAAAUCGAAACGGAACGGUUUCGGAUGGGUUCGUGCCGAAGUUCUGGGAGCUCUAGUAAACGGUGUAUUUCUAUUAGCUAUGUGCUUUGCUAUAUCGCUAGAGUCUAUUGGACGACUGAUCCACUCGCGACGAAUAUCCCAUCCGCUACAGGUACUGGUAGUGGGUUGUAUCGGCCUGUUUAUCAAUAUGAUUGGCAUUGGAAUGUUUCACGGUGGUCAUGGGCACUCUCACGGUGGUGGAGGACAUGGACACAGUCAUGGGGAAGUAUGUGAUUCGAUCAAUAUUCUUGGCGGAGGUUUCUAA